AUGGCUUCAAGUAUCAAUAAUUUUGAAGAUAAUUCAAAUUUGGAUUCUUCAAUCGAGACACUCCUUGAGAACUUAAAUCAAGAAUACUUCACUACAGCUCUUCCAUGCCGUAGCAAUGAAAUUGAAGCAAUUUCAACAUUUAUUAAUAAUUCAUACGAUACUUCAAGGCCAAUUCAUGACAUUCAUAUGAAAGGACGCAAGCCAAAACAAAAUGAUGAUAUUCAGCCAGGUAUUUUAUACAUUACUGGUAAUCCAGGUACAGGAAAGACAGCUUGCGUUAAAUAUGCAAUUCAAACAUCAGCAGCCGCCCCAUAUAUCAAGUUUUCUAACUGCAAGACUGAAAAAAUUACAUUAUAUAAAGCAGGACAAGAAAUUCCAAUUAUUCAAGUUCUUGAUGAAGUUGAAUCUUACACAGACUUUGCUGAAAUUGCUGCAAAUUCCAUCAGAAUGAAGUAUAGCCUCAUAUGCAUUAGCAAUGCUAGCGAAGAUAACUCAAUUAUUCAAAAAUCUAGCGGAUUAAGUCUUCAACAACUUAAAUUCAAUAGCUAUACCGCUGAAGAACUUUGCCAGAUACUCACCGAAAGGAUUGGUGGCCCUUGCAACAAUCUUGUAGAAGUUGCAAUUGAACAUCUUGCCAAAACAGUACUUAAAGAUAGAGGUGAUGCAAGAGCAGCUAUUGCAAGGCUUGCAACAGUCUUAACAGCUGCAAUUCAAGAGAAUAUCAAAACAAUUUCUCUAAAAGAAAUGAUUUCUCUUCUUUCACACCCACAGGGAACAAUCAAAUUUGAUUUACCUCUUUACCAGCAAAUUGCUCUUGCAGCAAUCUACCUUGCAGGUAAGAAUUGGGUGAAGAAAUUUAAUAGUAUUGUUGCUGAAAAGAAUUUGGAAAGUUUCAGUGAUACAAAAAGUGUUUUCGACCAAUUAUGCGAUUAUCCAGGCCUUGUAAAGGGAAAUUUCAAAAAUCCAGUUGCAAUUGUUUCAAAAGAAACAAUUAUUGCUAAUGUCGACCAUCUAAUCAAGACAGUUCUUUAA